AUGAACAGGUUUCGAACAAGUGGACACGUAAAUCCUUCACGAAUCGUGGCCCGACAUGGCCAAGGUGGCCACCAAUCUCUAAUCACCUACACCAAGAUUAUCACCAAUGAUGCCCUCUACAGGAGCAGCGACGCCCUCCACAGGAGCAGCGACGCCCUCUACAGGAGCAGCGACGCCCUCCACAGGAGCAGCGACGCCCUCUACAGGAGCAGCGACGCCCUCCACAGGAGCAGCGACGCCCUCCACAGGAGCAGCGACGCCCUCCACAGGAGCAGCGACGCCCUCCACAGGAGCAGAGACACCCUCCACAGGAGCAGCGACACCCUCCACAGGAGCAGCGACUCCCUCCACAGGAGCAAAGACACCCUCCACAGGAGCAGCGACGCCCUCCACAGGAGCAGAGACACCCUCCACAGGAGCAGCGACACCCUCCACAAGUGCAGCGACUCCCUCCACAGGAGCAGAGACACCCUCCACAGGAGCAGCGACACCCUUCACAGGAGCAGCGACACCCUCCACAGGAGCAGACACCCUUCACAGGAGCAGCGACACCCUCCACAGGAGCAGCGACACCCUCCACAGGAGCAGCGACACCCUCCACAGGAGCAGCGACACCCUCCACAGGACUGUUGGCUGAAGACCCAACACCCAACACACUAA